GCGCAUCCCACGAUGCCACGAAAGAGCCAGCAUCCAAGACGUGACAGGGUGGCACCAUCUCGGGUCUCGCUCAAUGUGGAGGUGGUACCGGUAAUAAGGAAGCAAACAAAACGACGAGAGUGACCAUGGACGCCGAUAGCGUAGCGAAUACGCAGAUUGUGAGCAAUGUCGGCGGCGGCGGGCCCCCCAGCACUGCUGGUGUUCGUGGCGACAAGGGCAGCGUCAAAACCGCGCUUCCUCCCACAAUCGAGAUUGAACCCAGCUUUUCCAACACGUCCUCUCAAAUAUCCUCACGAGGCCCCAAGCCAAAACCGGGGAGCAAAAAGACUCGUCAAAAGAGGGCAUCCAAGGAAUCGUUGGCUUCGAAACCUCGCAAUUCGCGGUACAACGAGCUAAAGCAAGCUUUGGCAGCGGCGUCCAAUGGCACGAUGGACCUGAGCAACCUUAGCCGGGAACAACAGCAACAGCUGCUCAACCAACACAGCAUUCCUUUAGCACAGCCACCACCACCAGCAUCGACGGCACCACGAAGCAAUCCAUCGCCACCAGGCGUCGUGUCGAGUACCCAUAGUCGCAAUCUGACGGCACAAGCCAGGAGCAACCACAGUCGCAACUCUGGUGGAGGGAGUCGUAGAAGUCGUACGAGUCAGCACAGUAGUAGUCGCUCCAUUCCGAUUGCUCCUUCAGCGCCACACGGCAAUACUAGUAGUAGUGGGGUCGCAUCCGAGUCUGGCACGUUGCCCACCACAAUGAUGAUGGAAUCCGUGGACAACAGUGGCAGCCGCCGAGGCAACAGCAUGGCAGAGGCCGUGGGAGCUGUCAUGACGCCCACCACUGCCAAGGUUGUCAAUGACGAAUACUACAAGGCAAUGGAGGAAAAGCUCAAGCAUGAAGAGAUCAUGCACCAAAGACAGCAACAAGCCAAAAAUCAACAGCAUGUGCACACCAAUAUGAAUUCGAAUAGUACUACUGGUAGCAGUAGUACUACGGCUGGCAAUGGUAGUAUUGCCAAUCGACUGGGGCAGUUACCUUGGACCGAAGAAGACAGCGACAUUUUGCGAGAUCAGGUGGCCUUUUGGAAGAAUUGCUUGGUGGACCAUGAAGAACGUGUCCCCCGUGACGAUGUUCGUGAGUUACUCAAACUACUCUACACGGUCUUGCGACAAGAAACACUGUCGCGGUCGGAUCGGACAUUGGUGGAGAUUUCGCAAAAGCUAGAGACUCUGCAACGACUGGACUUGGAACAACUGAUUGAGUUGAUGACUGCUCAUCAGCAUGCUGGCGAAGUCAUGGACGGAAAGGACGUUAUUCUGCUAACAGGUGCGGCGGGUUCCGGGAAGACAACCACCCUGCAUUUCCUGGCGGGUACCGAGUUUGCGGAAACCGAGAUUGAUGGCUUUAUCCAUUUGCAUCCAGGAGGUAUCAAGGAUCAACAGCUAGAAGACUACAAGACUGCGUGCGGACGAGAACCCAUAACCCGGACUUUACAAGUUGCGUCGGUGCCUCUCCCCAAAAGCAACCAGGAUGUCGUGAUUUGUGACACUCCAGGAUUCUCGAUACCCGCCACGUUGGAGGAAGAAUUGGCCUUCCACUACGGCAUGAAUGCCGCCAUUGAUCGGGCCAAACGUAUCAAGCCAGUGGUAGUCUUCAAUCAAGAACUCAUGGGAUCUUGCUUUUCCAAUUUGCCCGACACGUUGGCCUUGAUGAUGAAAGAUUUGACAAUCAAGACACCUCGUGAUUUCAGAGCCCUAGACUACGUUUUCACGCAUUACGAAGAACGGCACCGGACUCGCUUGUGUCAACAGUUUGCUUCCCUCAAGCAUCACAAGCCUCCAACACCGGAAAAUGGGCGCAAGCAUGACCUCUUUGAUGACUUUGUCAACGAUAUUAUCAUCAAGACCACUCCCAGUGCCAAGCUGGCAAUGCCCUUGACGGACAGCCCCCAAGAAAUGAUCGAAAAACUGUGGCAAGAAUCAUUCGUGGACGAACCAAGAGACUACUACUACCGAUCUCCGGCUUCGGAAAAUGCUCUCAAGCAGUUCCAACUUCAGUUGCAGAUCACUCUCUCAGAACUACGUACGGCCCUGUCCCGAGAGGUAUACAGUAUCGCACUCAACCGAAUGGUGACAUUAGAUAAACUAUCAAUUUGGUUCCCACAAGCCAAACAGGCUGCGAUCUUGGCAAAGGAGGCGGCGUCCAGACAAGUCAAGCUGAUAUGGGAUUGGAUGGCUGAUGAGAUUGGCAAUGCCAACUAUCAACGAGCUCUCUUUCGAAUGGAACAAAUGAGUGACUUUGGUCUCAUCUUUCCUGAUGCCCACGAUUGCUUCAAGCAUGGCCAUGAUCUCAUUUGGGAGUCUCUGGUGGCACCCAUGGAAGAAAAGGACUAUCCUCUCACCAUGGAGCGGAUUGGAAAGCUCAGCGUCCUCGCGAACCAAUACAGUGAAGCGAGCCAUUGUGUCAAGCGGGCUCUCCGGCUCUUGCGAAAAAAGGUAGAAACUGUCAUUGAAAUGGGAGGCUUCAAGGACGGUGUUUCGUUGCUCGUGCCCUUGAGCAGUUUGAGUGCCGAGGAUGCUCCCGAGGCUGUUGAAUGCGCCAGGAGCAUUCUUGCCUGUCUCAAAGAUCUCAUGGAAGCUACCAUUGCGCGAAAGGACUACUCUAUGGCUUUCCACAUGAUUCGAAAGUUCAGUACGUUGCAACCUUUGUACCCUCAAACGGAACAAAUGGCGAACCGAGGACUCCAGCUGUGUCGGCAGACACUCGAGACGUCAGUCGCCCAAGGCGACUACGACUCUGCCCUGUUCUUGGUGCAACACAUGCAACGGCUCCAGUUGGAGUUCCCACAGGCCGGAGAGAUUGCCCAAUUCGGGCUGGCCAUCUUCACCAGCACAGUGGAAGUACUUAUCCAACACAAGGACUACAACAAGGCCAUUGCUCUCAUGAAGAAACUUGGCUCGGAAGUAAGAGGAGCCGAUGUAUGUAACAACAAAGGCUUGGGCGUGUUCCAGAACACUGUUGAAAGUCUAAUUCAAGAUGACAAGGACUACAACAAGGCCAUUUUUCUCAUGAAUCAAGUUCGUCUCGAGGUGCCGGGGGCCACCAACGAGCACACACAGAAGGGUGUGGGCGUUUUUGGGUCUGAAGUGGAAGGUCUAAUCGAAGGCAAAGACUACGGGAAAGCCAUAUCGCUCAUCAAGCAAGUAAUAACGGAAGUGCCAGGGUCAGACGAAUGCGCCAAAAGGGGUUUGGGUGUCUUUGGAAACGAGCUUGUGGCACUUAUCCAAAGCAAGAAUUAUAUUCAGGCCUUUGCGUUGAUGAAGGCAGUCGGAGCUGAAGUCCCUGGCCCUGGAUCAAAUGACUGUAUCCAGAAGGGCUUACGUGUUUUUGGAAACGAGGUUGAGAUACUCAUUGAAGGCAACGAAUACAGCAAAGCCGUUUCGCUUUUGAAGAAGCUCGCAGCUGAAGUCGACGGAGAAGCAGAAGAUAACAUCAUUGAAGGGCUGGCUUUGAUGAAGCUCAAGUUGAAGGGUGCAAUCAAGCAGAAGGACUACGAGUCUGCAUUGGAGAUCAUCUACGAAGUGAACAAUUUGGCAAAGGCGGUUCCUCAUCCUCAAGCGGACGCCUGCAUAGAAUACGGUUUCAACUCCCUCGAAGAAAGCAUUCUAAUCGCGAUUGAUAGACAAGAAUAUCAAAGCGCGAUUCAUCUGAUGGAGCUACUCACGGAAGGAGAAAACAAGCUACCAAUGGCGAAGGAGUGCACGCGUGUUGGCAUUCAAGUCCUGAAGCGCAAUGUUGCCAAGGCCAUUGAAAAGAAGAAGUACAGCCCCGCGCUGGAAAUGAUCCAACAAUUGAGCGACAGGGGCCACAAGAUCCCUGAAGUGGGCGAAUGCAGUAGGCGCGGGCUUGAAUUGUUGAAGAAUACAGCCCAGCAAGCCAUCGUAGACAAGGACUAUACCACGGCAACUGAGAUCAUCACAAACCUGAGCGAACUGUCAGUUUCCGUUUCUGAGGCCAAGGUUUGUACCCUCGCCUGUCUUCACUCCAUCGUGGACCACGUCACAGAUAUGCGGCAAGCUGUCGAAAAGACAGUGGAAGAAAUCUCCCAUAUAAGAGAUCUGAAAGUGUUUGUUGCCAUGCUUCUGAAACUCAAGUCGCAAGUUGAGAAAGUGAUAAAAACAGAGCCCUUGCGAAAGCUUUCUGUGCAAAUUCACUACAAGAAGAACUUUCGAGGGAACGAAGAUGAUUCUGGUGACAACGUUCUCUUCGUACCGCAACUGUACACAAGCCAAGCGUUCUGCAGCGACCACAUAGAGUUGCUAGCUGGAAACAUACGAGUGAAGCUGCCAGAAUUUGAUGUAAACGAUGCUUGUAUGGAGAGCCUCAUCCGCAAUCGAAAGGGAAUUCUUUCUGUCAUGAUUCGGCUGAAGGCUGCACACAAGAUCCUUCAUCCUUGUCCUGGAGGAGACAAAGCCUCAGAAGUGUACGCGGCGACGUUUGAACAGUUCUACGCUUUGAUUGAUACCGUUCUAGCAAUCGCCGAAGAAUCCUUAAAGCCUCCCAUUGACAUGCGUCUAUUUGAGCUUCAAGCUUGGUUUUUGUCCGUUCUCAUCAAGGGAUUCAUCAAGGACAAGAUCGACGUCGACAGCGAGGAGCGCAAACAAAUGGAGGAUCUUGAGAAUCGACGAAAGAUCUUGAUGCUCCAAUUCGAAGUUCAGAUAACGGAGGCAUUGGAAAUUCUUGCGGAGCCACAGUUUUUCGACGAAUCAAAGCAAGAGGAGGAGGAAGCAACCGCCGUGUCAAGUCUUGCUCUUGUGAGAUUUGAAGAUCAAGUCAUGGAGAAAGACACUGCGGAAAGCGAAACAACCAGCGGCGCCGAUGCCUUCAUCAAAGACGGACACAAGAACAAGGGACUCACCGCGGCGGCUCUCCAUCAAAUUGACUUUGAUUCAUUUGUGGCUCCACGAGACGUGCUGCUGUCGUUGACAGAAAGACCUGAACUCUUCAAGAUGAUACUAAAACCCCUGUCGACAGACGAUGUGGACACUACUGUCAAAGCGUUCGACAAGCAAUUGGUAGAGUUUAUCGGACAACUGGUGCUCUUUGGCGAAGGCGAAUACAACAGACUGCUUGAGUUUGCCAAAUCCGGUGCCACUCUCACCGAAAUAUUAGAGCGUGCAAAGGUUCUACGUGACAUAGCGGAGAAGAUUGAGGUCCACAUUGCCAUUCCACGAGGUUGGGAUCCUUACUGGGUAGGAGAAACAACCCUCCAUCAACAACGGCUCCUGAUUUUGAAGAAGCGAAUCGAGUUGGCUACCGAAAAGCUGGAAGCAACCAUCAAGACAGAAAGUGAAAUAGGCUUUGGAGCAUUUGUUUCAAAUAUGGCAAGUCCCUUCUUCUGCAACGGAAAAUGGUACGAGGACGUGCCAACAUCAUUCUUAUAACAUAUAGGUUGACACUAGAACAGUGUUGCUGCUUAGUUACUACGUACG